CCUCCCCUUUCUACUUGGGAUUCUUAUCUGUAUAAUUUGAUUUGUUCCAAGCACUGCGGAUGGGCAGGAUUUUUCGAAAAUACUGUAGAAAUCAUGGGCAAAAUCCCCCGAUCCGACCUUUUAUAGAACCACCUCAAUCCAACUACACGUGUGUGCACUUUGCUGGAGUUUUUUCUCAAAAAGAAAAAAUAAAGUUCGGUUUAGGAGGAGAACCACACUUAGGUUGGAAUCUAUAUUGGUGGUAAGAGGAUGAGACGCUUUCAGAUCUUGAGCUGGGCUGGGAAAACGCUAAUUUUAUUUUUUACGAGUGAGUAACGUUUCUGUUAUGUGAAGUGGCUGUUUUGGCAGACUUUACUUCGCAAAACGAUUACAUUGUUGAUGGUGGAUGGAGAGUAAGACAUGCUCUCUCGACUGAUAUUAUGCUUUUGAAGCAUUCUGAUUUUGUGCCAUGAUUCUGACUGUCUCUGACAAGUGACAACAGGGAUGGCAACCGGUAGCGAAGCUGGAAAGCCCGCGGAGGUCGUGCUGGAGUGGCCUAAGCAGGACAAAAAGAGGAUGCUGCAUGCUGUUUACCGUGUGGGAGAUCUGGACCGUACCAUUAAGUGUUACACAGAAUGCUUUGGGAUGAAGCUGUUGAGGAAAAGAGAUGUUCCUGAAGAGAAGUACACCAAUGCGUUUCUUGGGUUUGGACCUGAGGACACUAAUUUUGCACUUGAGCUGACUUACAAUUAUGGUGUUGACAAGUAUGACAUUGGAGCGGGCUUUGGACAUUUUGCCAUCGCAAAUGAGGAUGUGUACAAGCUGGCUGAGACAAUUAAAUCAUCUUCUUGUUGUAAGAUCACUCGUGAACCUGGUCCUGUCAAGGGAGGGUCCACUGUGAUUGCCUUUGCACAAGACCCAGAUGGUUACAUGUUCGAGCUUAUCCAGAGGGGUCCGACGCCUGAGCCUCUCUGUCAAGUUAUGCUUCGUGUUGGUGACCUUGAUCGGUCUAUCAUGUUCUACGAGAAGGCCCUUGGGAUGAAGCUUCUGAGGAAAAAAGAUGUGCCUCAGUACAAGUACACAAUUGCCAUGAUGGGCUAUGCCGAGGAGGAUAAGACCACUGUUCUGGAGUUGACAUACAACUAUGGUGUCACAGAAUAUAACAAGGGCAAUGCAUAUGCUCAGGUUGCUAUUGGCACUGACGAUGUGUACAAGAGUGCUGAAGCAGUUGAGCUGGUUACCAAAGAACUAGGUGGAAAGAUUCUACGGCAGCCUGGGCCACUACCGGGGCUGAACACGAAGAUCACCUCUUUCCUUGACCCCGAUGGCUGGAAAGUGGUUCUGGUGGAUCAUGCGGACUUCCUCAAGGAACUCCACUAAAGAUCAGCAGGCCCCACGCCCGGGAGUUGUUGAAGAGGCAAACCUUAUGCAGCAAUGGUCUUUGAUGUAAUAAAAUGGCAGCCUCUUCCGCUCGACCAACAAAAAUAAAAGCUACUGUACCACCGAAUACCUAUGCCGUGAUUGGCCUAGUUAGAGGACUUGCUCUGUACAGUAUGUGCUAUGAUCGCUGAACAUGAAUACUCCUACUACUGAGAUGGGUCUGCAUGCGCAGUCGGAGAGUGGUUUCCAAUGAUCUGAUAUGUUUUCUACCUCUGUUUUUGAACUGCAAAAAUGUCUUAUAUUUAGGAAUUUGAACUGGAAAACGGCUUAUAUUUA